UGUCCGGCUUGAUGAGUUUUGUGACAACGCUAACGUAAUGAUCAAACAAUUUUAUUAAUUUUCUUCUCUGAUUCGGUUGUUUCUGUUUCUUGCUUUUGGUUGAAACAAUAAUGAAAUUAUGAUGAGUAAUUUUGUGUGUUAUUUAGUUGUGUUGCUUUGCUAUGGCACUUCAAAUCUAUAUGCAGACUCCGUAAGAUACUAUUUCGACUAUGAAUGCAACGAGCCAUUGGUAGCAAAUGCUAAGUUGACCGCCACAUCCAGUCUCAGGGACAGAGGGCCAGAAAAUGCUAAACUGUAUGGUUUGAACGCGUGGACGGCGUCGGAGAACGACUUCGACCAGCAGUUCGUCAUCGACUUCGGGUCGGUGAAGAACAUCACUCGCAUCGCUACGCAGGGCCGUGCGCACUCGCGAGAGUAUGUACAGGAGUACCGCAUCAGCUACGGGUCGAACGGACUCGAUUAUGUGCAGUACAAGGCGGCGGAAGGCGAAGUCAAGAUGUUCGAAGGCAACCAAGACGGAAACACAGAACACAAGAACGAAUUCGAGGUGCCCAUCAUAGCGCAGUACUUGCGCGUCAACCCCAUGCGAUGGCGCGACAAGAUUUCGAUGAGGGUGGAGGUGUAUGGAUGCGAUUAUGUCGCCGACACCCUCUACUUCAACGGCACAUCGCUCAUUAAAGUCGACCUGCUUCGAGACCCUAUCUCAGCGUCACGAGAGGUGGUGCGGUUCCGAUUCAAGACCAGUACCGCGUCAGGGGCCUUGCUUUACUCUAGGGGCACGCAGGGCGACUAUAUUGCGUUGCAGCUGAGAGAUAACAGGCUGGUGCUGAAUAUAGACUUAGGUUCUGGCACCCCCACCUCAAUGGCGGUUGGCAGUCUCCUAGACGAUAACAUCUGGCACGACGUGGUGAUCUCACGCAAUAGGAGGGAAGUUUUGUUCUCCGUCGACCGAGUGGUCGUGCAGGACCGCAUCAAGGGCGAGUUCUCGAGGCUUAAUUUGAAUCGGGCGUUCUUCAUCGGCGGCGUGCCCAACUUCCAAGACGGUUUAGUGGUGAACCAGAACUUCACGGGCUGCAUCGAAAACCUGUACCUCAACGCCACCAACGUCAUCCAGCAGGUCAAGGGCGGGCUCGAGGCCGGCGAGCCCUUCAAGUACCAGAAGGUCAACACGCUCUACGCCUGCCCGGAGCCAAUAAUAGUCCCGGUGACGUUCCUGAAAGAAGGCUCGUACGCGAAACUGCGUGGAUACUCAGGAGCCAACACGCUCAACAUCUCGCUGGAAUUCCGCACCUACGAGAACCACGGCCUGCUCAUCUACCACAAGUUCAAGACCGAGGGACACGUCAAGGUGUUCCUAGAAGAGGGCAAGAUCAAAGUGGAACUUGACACGCCAGGCGCGCCACGCGUGAAGCUUGACAACUACGCGGAUACCUUCAACGACGGCCGCUGGCGCGCGCUGUCGCUCACUAUGGGGCCCGACAGUCUGGUUCUAGCUGUGGACAAGCGGCCUGUGCGCACCACCAAGCGUCUUCGCUUCUUGACUGGCGGCACCUACUACAUCGCAGGCGGCAAGGCUCCGCCGCGCGGCUUCGUGGGCUGCAUGCGGCGCAUCGCGGUGGACGGCAACUACCGCCAGCCCACCGACUGGAAGAAGGACGAGUACUGCUGCCCCAACGAGGUCGUCUUCGACGCCUGCCAGAUGAUCGACAGAUGCAACCCGAACCCGUGCGAGCACAACGGCGAGUGCACGCAAACAGCGGAGGAGUUCACGUGCGACUGCCACGGCACCGGCUACGCGGGCGCCGUCUGCCACACGUCGGUGCACCCCCUGUCGUGCCAGGCCUACAAGAACGUGAUGUCGGUGUCGCGCUCCGUGGACCUGCACAUCGACGUGGACGGCUCCGGCCCGCUGCCCGCCUUUCCAGUCACCUGCGAGUUCCUAUCGGACGGGCGCGUGCUGACGUCGGUCCGGCACGAGUCGCUGUCCAGCAGCGUGGUGGACGGGCACCAGGAGCCGGGUAGCUUCCGUCAGGACAUCACGUACGACGCCGACCGCGCACAGCUCGAGGCGCUGCUCAACCGGAGUCGCUCCUGCUCGCAACGCCUCGAGUAUCGCUGCCGACAUUCGCGCCUGCUCAAUUCGCCCAGCGACGAGAGCUCGUUCCACCCUUACGCGUGGUGGGUGUCGCGCACAGGGCAGCGCAUGGACUACUGGGCGGGCGCGCCGGCCGGCUCGCGCAUGUGUCGCUGCGGCGUGCUCGGCGCCUGCGUCGACAGCACCAAGUGGUGCAACUGCGACAAAAAUAACAUUACUAUCGUUAUGACAGAAUUCCAAUCCGACGGAGGGGACAUCACUGACAAAGAGUUCCUGCCAGUGAAGCAGCUUCGCUUCGGAGACACGGGCAGCCAUCUCGACGAGAAAGAGGGACGGUACACUCUCGGCCCGCUUCUGUGUGAAGGAGACGAUCUAUUCAGCAACACCGUGACGUUCCGCGUAUCGGAUGCCAUCAUUUCCCUGCCAACAUUCGACUUAGGCCACAGUGGCGACAUCUACUUCGAGUUCAGGACCACUAAGGAGAACGCUGUGUUGCUUCAUUCAAAGGGCCCGCAAGACUACAUAAAGCUGUCGAUCAUUGGCGGAGACCAACUCCAGUUCCAGUUUCAAGUAGGAGACACACCGCUAGGCGUCUCCGUUGAGACCUCCAGCCGCCUCGCCGACAACAACUGGCAUUCCGUCUCCAUCGAGCGAAACAGGAAAGAGGCACGAGUAGUAGUGGACGGAGCCCUAAAGAACGAGAUCCGAGCACCAGCCGACCCGGCGCGCGCGCUGCGACUGACAACGGCUUUGGUACUGGGCGCGGCGCUGGACCGCAGCGGCGGCUUCGUGGGCUGCAUGCGGGCUCUGCUGCUCAACGGCCGGCCCGUCGACCUGGCGGCCCACGCUCGCAGGGGUCUGUACGGCAUCUCGCUGGGCUGCGUGGGCAAGUGCGGCUCGUCGCCGUGCCUCAACAACGGCACGUGCCUGGAGGGCUACGACUCCUACUCCUGCGACUGCCGCUGGACCGCCUUCAAGGGGCCCAUCUGCGCCGACGAAAUCGGCGUGAACCUCCGGCCCAACUCCAUGGUGAAGUACGAUUUCCUCGGCUCCUGGAGAUCGACCAUCGCCGAGAAGAUCCGCGUGGGCUUCACCACCACCAACCCCAAGGGCUUCCUGCUCGGCUUCUACUCGAAUAUCUCUGCCGAGUAUCUCACGCUCAUGGUGUCUAAUUCAGGUCAUUUGCGAGUGGUGUUCGACUUCGGCUUCGAGCGGCAGGAGAUCAUCUUCCAAGGCAAGCACUUCGGGCUCGGCCAGUACCACGACGUGCGGCUCUCGAGGAAGGACAGUGGUGCCACUAUGGUGUUACAGGUGGACAACUACGAGACGCAAGAAUACCGCUUCAACAUCAAGGAGUCUGCGGACGCGCAGUUCAACAACAUCCAGUACAUGUACGUCGGCCGCAACGAGUCUAUGGCGGAAGGCUUCGUGGGCUGCGUGUCCCGCGUCGAGUUCGACGACAUCUACCCGCUCAAGCUGCUGUUCCAGCAGGACCCACCGCCCAAUGUGCGCAGCCUUGGAGGCGGCGUAUUGCACGAAGACUUCUGCGGCGUGGAGCCGGUGACGCACCCGCCCGAGCCGAUGGAGACGCGCCCGCCGCCGCGGACCGACCUGCAGGCCGAGCGCGACUACCACAAGACCGACGAGGCCAUCCUCGGCACGGUGCUGGCAUUCAUCUUCUUACUACUGGUCAUUGUAGCCGUGGUGCUGGUGCGCGCACUAUCGCGACACAAGGGAGAAUAUCUCACGCAGGAGGAGCGCGGCGCAGACGGCGCGGCCGACCCCGACGCCGCGGCGCUGGCGGCCGCUACGGGACCGCGCGUCACCAAGCGACGCGAGUUCUUCAUCUAGCGGCCACACACUUAUCACCCUCUUAAGGUCGCACCACUAGUGAGCCAACACUCACUACUACACCGGUAGCCACAAAAAUUUCAAAAUACGCCCCUACUGGGGGCAUACGAAUCAUACAUCUCAAUAACGACAAAAUACACAAUUAGUUUUUCAAACACAUAAAGUGCGCCGCGAGUUCUUCAUCUAGCGGCCACACAACACCUACCUACACCCUCCUAGGGUCGCGCUGCUAAUGAGCCAACACUCACUACUACACCGGUAGCUUAAAUACGACUCAUGAAUCUUAAUAAUGACUAGUAACAAAAUACACAAUUAGUUUUGCAUCCAAAUAAAGUGCGCGCAACUUAUUGUAAGUCAAAGACGUCACCAAGCGCCGCGAGUUCUUCAUCUAGCGGCCACACACCUAUCACCCUCCUAGGGUCGUAACGCUAGUGAGCCAACACUCACUACUACACCGGUAGCUACAAAACUUUCAAAAUACGCCCCUACUGGGGGCAUACGAAUCAUACAUCUCAAUAACGACAAAAUACACAAUUAGUUUUUCAAACACAUAAAGUGCGCCGCGAGUUCUUCAUCUAGCGGCCACAAAACACCUACCUACACACAUACCUACAUACACCCUCCUAGGGUCGGGCCGCUAGCGAGCCAACACUCACUACUACACUGGUAGCUUCAUACGACCCCACUGGGAGCAUACGACUUUAAUGACCAGUAACAAAAUACACAAUUAGUUUUGCAUCCAAAAAAAGUGCGCGCAACUUAUUGUAAGUCAAAAAUGUCACCAAGCGCCGCGAGUUCUUCAUCUAGCGCCCACACACCUACAACCUAGGAUCGCGCCGCUAGCGAGCCAACACUCACUACUACCAGAGUAAAUACAAAUGAGUAGGUCAUCUUCAUAGAAACGCACGGGCGUGGCUUGUGAGCGCGCCAACACGUAUGCGCGUAUCCACGCUAAAUUUUGUCAGUGUGUGCGUGCGCGCCGCAUACAAACUGCGCUCGGUGCAUUUCUAUGCAGAUGAUCUACUCAUUUGUAUUUACUCUGCUACUACACUGGUAGCUUCAAAAAUUUCAAAAUACGUCCCUACUGGGGGCAUACGACUCAUGAAUUUUAAUAACGACAAAAUACACAAUUAGUUUUUCAUCCGAAUAAAGUGCGCGCAACUUAUUGUAAGUUAAAAAUAUGCACUUACAGAAUCAGUGCUAGUUGCAUUGUAUUCCAUGUGCUAGUUGCACUGUGUUCCACUAAAUAACAUCAUCACUACUAAGAUGUAUGGAAAUGCAUCAUACAUAAAUUAUAUCUUGAUGCCAGACAAUAUGCUCAAUGCGCGCAAAAUGAAUCACCCAAUGAAUUGCCUACACAUACAUUAUUCUCUUUGUUUCUGAAGUAUCAAUCCUGUAUAUGCUUAUAAAUUACUAUAGUAGAUAGUAAUAAUUAUACAUAAUACGCAGAUCACACAAGUGCCCAAAGAUAAAUUUAAAAAUAUUGACACUAAAACAAUAAUGUUCCUGAAAGCAAUACAACAAGAACAACUCGUCCAAAAUAGUUAUUUCUACACAACAUAAAUUUAUUUUGUCUAAGCUUUCUGUGUAUCUUGAAUACUAUCAAGUGAACCAUAUUAUAUCCGCCAAGGAAGUUCACACCUAAACCCAUUUAUGUCCUAUUUAACUGACAUUUCAUUUAACCCAUUGCCAUAUCAUGAAUUAUUGUACCUACUUAGUGAUUAUGAACUAUGUACUUCCCUUCACUCGAGUGCUAAUAACUAUUAGCCACUUAGUUUAAGAUCACACUAUACUUAUACUUAUCAGUCACAUAGAUAUUAUUAUUUUUAGUGUAUAACCACUUAAUUAUUUUUAUUUUAAAGUUUUUGAGCAAUUAUUUAAUAGUGUAUAAUAUUCAGUUAUAUGAUAUUUGAUUAUCCAUAGUUGGGUAAAUUACUUAAAAAUUAUAAAGCCUGGUCCGUGAGCACGUAGAAUUUUGUCCAAUGACCCCAAGCUACCCAUCCUUAUCGCUCGCGCGUAAUUAUAGUGCUGUCGCGACUGUGCGACGGGCACCCGCAGUGAGUGUGCGAGCGCGACCGCAACAUAAUUACGCGCGAGCGAUAGGGAUGUGGGUAGCUUGGGGUCAUUGGACGGGAUUCUACGUGCUCACGGACCAGGCUUUACCAUUAAACGUUUUCUCUUACCAUCUCAAACUGACUAGCAUUAUCUCUCUCUAAAUUCCUCUCCCACAAUGUGCCAUUCGGCUGCUUUUAUUAAAUUAAUCCAACUAUUGUAAUGCUUCCAAAAGUAUGUAAUUUCAAAUUCAGCUUCUUUCUCUUUCAAAUUGUUGCAUACUACGUAGGACAGAGUAGACGUAUUUUUUCAACGGAUUAAAUAAAAUUUCGAUCUCGACUUUAAAGUUCAGCAAACUGUCAUUGGACAAGGUGGAAUGUCAUCGGACAGCGGUGAACAAUCGUGAUCAUCAAUAAAUUACAAAUUAGUGUUAAGGUAAUUUAGAUUGUACGACACAUUAGAAUCUCUGUAUGGUUUUUUAUUUAGACUGCUAAUCUUAAGUUUGUGUGAGUUUUCUUUUUGUUUCUCCGUCCAAAACAAAUGCUGAUUGUUGUUUGAAAUGAUGUGAUCAUUUUAUUUCGAAGCAAUCAAGAAAUGACAAUUUAUUAUUUGUAUCGCACUAAAUAUUUGUGUUACUUAUAGACAUUUUAUACUUUGUAUUUUAAUAAGUUUAUAUUUAUUAUGUAGCUUACAUAGCUGUGACAAUUUUUGCCGUAAUGUAUUCCAGUUAAUGGUAAAAAAUGUUACAGAUAUUAUAUCGUUUAUUAUUGUAUAUGCACACCCCGUGGCGGCAACAAUGUAUUACACAAAGGUUAUUAGAUUCCAGAAUAAGUACUUAUAUGAAAUUGGUCUAAUUUUAUGUAUAUUAUGUUCAUGAAAGAUUUCUAUAGUUGUUCCGCCACGGAUCGUACUCUAAUUAGGCCAUUUUAAGGUCAUUGCUCAUCUGACAGCUUGAGUUGUACUAAAUGAAGUGACGACUAUAAACUUUCAUGAAACGAAAAUAACGAGGCGGUAAGUUGUCAGAUGAGCGAAGACCUAGUAGGGUACUGUCACACUCCAAGGUUGAAAUUUUUGCAAAAUAUUAAACAAAACGGAAAAAAAUAUAACAAAUAAUAGUCGCGUUUAACUUUUUUUCUUUAAUAGUUUUCAUUCGCACCAGCCCUGUAGUGUGAUGGUACCCGUGACGUCAUAACGCGAAGGUCCCGUGCCUUAAUCCGUGCUAUGGCGACGGUCGCUCACGGACUCGUAGUGUGUUGAGAGUAGAGUUUUUAUUUUACUACUUCGGAAUCACGAAUAAAUUUUCCAUAAAUAA